GUCUACAUUCCGAGCUUCAUCAACUUUCUUUGACCCGCCCAAAUCGCGCAAUCACCACCACCACAUCAAAUCGACGGCGCGCGAAAACACGGAAUCAUGAGCUCCGGGCGCCCUGUUGCAGGUGUCCAUCAGGACUACAUUGCGAAAAUCCGAUAUUCGAAUGCGCUACCUCCUCCACCAUGUCCACCAAAGCUGCUGGACAUUCCCAACACUGGCCUUUCGAGCGGCCAGUACACAUCGGCAGGUUUUGCGUCGAGACUGGCGCGGGAACAGUCGCUGAACAUUGAGGCUGAUGCUGAGCUGGGAAUGCCCAUCGACUUGGUGGGUAUCCCCAAGGUAUUCGAUGGAGACGAGUCUGCCAUCCAGGCGAUGCCUCACCCACCGCCGCUCAGCACGGCAGACAGGGCGCUGAUGCGACCGCCGAACCAGCUUGGCAAGACGCAGACCAAUGCCCAGGGCGCGACCUUCCUGCGACGAACAGAAUACGUCACAUCAAGCACAACCGGCGGCUCCAAAUUCGAGUCCAGCAACUCGUCCAACACGAUGCGCCUACGGAGGAAGCGAAAGCAAGUAGAGACCUCACUAGACGAUCCCACAAACAUCGCCCGACACAUCUUGAAGAGCUUCAACAUCGCCUACCCAGCCGACGCCUACAAUGGCCAAGACAGCGCCGACCACCUCAGAGCCGCAGAAUCAACGCCCGAAGAGCGCCUAGCAUGGAACAAGCCCAAACACCCCAGAAACCCCAACCUGACCUUGGUCGACUCCUACCCCCUUCUGCCGGACUGGGACGCCAUGCCCGACACGGGCGGCUACAUGGUCUUCAAGUUCACGGCACCGCCCAUCAACAACCCGCUCGAUCCCUCCUACGACCCACGUCUUGACGUCGCCCUCCUGCGCCCUGCCGGCCAAACGAUCCAAGACCAAGAAAAGUACAUGGAAGACCGCGAAGCGCACCGCUUGGAUCCCACCGUCCCACCCCCAAUCCCCCGUUGGCAAUUCGAAUACUUCCUUCCCGCAGACCGCAGCAAGGUCCGGGGCAUCAAACGCAACUUCACCACGCACGACCCCAACAACGAAGCCGACAUUGACUUUGACAUUGCCGAAGACGACGAAGGGCAACCGCGCAAGUGCUUCAAGUACGAUAACGUGCGUACGUACGAGACGAGCCAGCAGGUUGGCGACCCGUCGGAUACUUAUGGCGAUGUUGUCGCGCUGGCGCUGCACGAUCCUGAGAAACAUGAGGGUGAGAGGCUGAGGGAUAGCAAGAUGCAGCGUGCGGCGUACUUUUACCCCAUCACGCAGAGGACGUCGUUGAGGCCGAGACGGCCGGGUAGGAUUGAUAUGACGGAGGAGCAGCCCAAGGUUGAUAUUAUUGAGGCGGCGGGCAAGGAGCCUGAGGGCGAGGCGAGGAGGGAGGGGUAUAGGAAGAGGGCAGAGGGUAUUGAGUAGUCUGGAGGGUAGAUGAUUAGGGUAAGGGUGGGAAGGAAGGGGUGAGUGCUCUCAUCGUUGAAGUUUCAAGAGUCGAGAUUGAACCCGUUUGGCAUUGUCAUCAGCGAGGCGUUUAGUGAGGCUACAGAGGAUGUAAGAAUAGGAUAUCGUGGCAUAUAAGGGAAUUCACUCAAAAGAUAUCUGCUGAUUGGUAUUCUUUCGAUUCAUGGUAGAAAAUUGCGCGACAAGUCUAUCCUAGGGAAGAGAACACUUAGAGCAACGAAAGCGACUACCUAUAACUCCUGUACACGACAACAACUGCUCCUCUGG